AUGGCGCUCACCUCCCGUAUCUCCCUCGUCGGCCCGCCCGCCGAAUCCCCCGAGGACUUCCUCAUGUCCUCCCUCGGCGUCAUCUUCCCUGACGACGUCACGAAUCAGCACGGCGAUGCUGACCACGGCAUCCAGUAUGCCUCCCCACACCUCCGCAAGCCCCUGCUGUUCGAGCUUGCCGAGCCCAGCGCCGACGACGACCGCAAGCUUUUCAGCCACUACCUCUGGAACGCGAGUCUGCAGCUCGGUGAGUUUGUCGAGGCCGCCACAUUGGAUCUCGACAAUGCCGUCACAACCCGUCUGGGUCCGCCCAUCGGCCAUUUCGACGUUCGCGGCAAGACCACGCUCGAGUUAGGGUCCGGUACCGCUCUGCCGAGUAUCAUGUCCGCCCUCCUCGGCGCCGAACGCGUCGCCAUAACGGACUACCCGGCCCCCGCCGUGCUCAAGACCCUCCGCACCAACACCGCCCGCAACAUCGACCCUGCCGUCUCCCCCAAGAACACUGUAACGGCCCGUGAGGUACUGGUCGAGGGCCAUUCGUGGGGCGAGCUCGAGGAUGCAUUUUCCGUCUCCAAUAAGCACGUCUUUGACCGUGUCUUCGUCGCCGACUGCUUGUGGAUGCCUUGGCAGCACAGAAACCUGCACAAGUCCAUCAGCUGGUUCCUCCGCAACGACAGCGAAGCGCGGUGCUGGGUCGUCGCCGGGUUUCACACUGGUCGCGCCAAGAUGCGUGACUUCUUCGAGAGGGCGGCUCUGGCCGAAGCUGGGCUUGAGGUCGACACUAUUUGGGAACGGGACUGCGAUGGUGAGGAGAGGCAGUGGGAGUGGGACCGAGGCAUCGAAGACGUGACUAUCCGGAAGAGGUGGCUUGUAUGCGCCGUGCUGAAGCGCAAGGCCGCUGGUGGCAAUGAUGGUGCGUGA